GCCUCGUGAGGCGCCGGAGGGCUCGCCUAGCCGCCAAGGCUCCUGGGAAAUGUAGUCCGGUUUCGGUGGUGUGAAUGAAAAGAGGAGUAGGGUGUCUGGAGUGAGGCCUGAGGGUAAUCCAAGAUGUCGGAGCCCGGGAGAUCCACCCGCGCCCGCGCGGGUGACUCAGGGCAAGGGCCUAAGAAGAGUGUCCCUAGAAGCCAGUUGCCACGGCAACACGAGAGCUGAAUUGUUCGAGAGAGACCCAGGGAGGGCCAUGAAGGUACUACUCCUCACUGGGCUGGGAGCCCUAUUCUUCACCUAUUAUUGGGCUGACAACUUUGACCCAGCUAGCCUCCAGGGAGCCCGUGUGCUGCUGACAGGGGCCAGUGCUGGCGUUGGGGAGGAACUGGCCUAUCACUAUGCCCGCUUGGGCUCCCACCUGGUGCUCACUGCCCACACUGAGGCUUUCCUGCAGAAGGUGGUAGGGAACUGCCGGAAGCUGGGCGCUCCCAAGGUCUUCUUCAUCGCUGCGGACAUGGCCUCCCGCGAGGUGCCCGAGCUCGUGGUGCAGUUUGCGCUGGACAAGCUGGGCGGCCUGGACUACCUCGUGCUGAACCACCUCGGGGCUGCCCCCGCCGGCACACGGGCCCACAGCGCCCCAGGGACCCGCUGGCUCAUGCAGGUGAACCUCCUGAGUUACGUGCAACUGACUUCCUUGGCGCUGCCCAGCCUGACGGACAGCAAGGGCUCCCUGGUGGUGGUGUCCUCGCUGCUCGGCCGUGUGCCCGCGUCCUUCUCCAGUCCCUAUUCCGCGGCCAAGUUCGCGCUGGACAGUUUCUUUGGCGCCCUGCAGCGGGAGCUGCGUGUGCAGGAUGUGAACGUGGCCAUCACCAGGUGCGUCCUGGGCCUCCAGGAUCGCGCCUCAGCGAAGGAGGGAGUCAGGGGUGUCACCAGGGCCCAGGCGGCCCCGGGGCCCAAGGCAGCCCUGGCUGUGAUCCGGGGCGGUGCCACGCGGGUCUCCCACGUCUUCUACCCGUGGCGCUUCCACGUCCUCUGCCUGCUCCGGGCCUGGCUGCCUCACCCAAGGGCCUGGUUCGUCCGCCAGGAGCUCAAUGUCACUGCCACUGCUGCGGCCUGAGCUCCUCCAUCUUCUCAGAGAGGACCCUUCCCCCAGCCGCCUGAAGGUGGGACACAAACAGAUGCCUUUGAGAGGGCGGCCAUGACCCAAGACAGCAUCAUCAAUACAGGAAGGGAAGCCAGAAAAACCAUUAGCACCCGGAAGCAAUGAAAUCUCUGGGUGUGAGAGCAGCGUCUGUGAGCCAGUACCUUGUCAGGGGCCUGGAAGGCAUUAGCUCAGUCUUCUCCGUAGUCAUUGUUGAUGUGAUUGCUGCUUCCAUUGCGCUGAUGGGGAAACUAAGGCUGGAGAGGUGAUGUGGAGAGCCGGCCCUGGGGGCUCCCUGGGAACCACCUGAUUUGUUCUUUCCACUCCUUGCCCUGAGCAAAGGAGAGCCACAAAACCAUCUACCCAAUGGUAGGGUCCAAAGAGGGGGAGAAGGGAAGGAAUGUGUUUUGCUCUGUACCCGCCUCCCUUUUCAUAAUAAAUAUCCUUUUCCCCUUGCA